UGCGCGCGAACCAAACACGGCGAGGAUAAAGCAAGAUGGCGUCUGACGGUGAAGACGUUAUUGCAGUCGUCACAGUUCAGUGUUCUUAAUCUGUGCCUCCAUGUACACAUAUAUGUCCUUUAUUACACUCUAGUAAAUAGAGUAAACAUCGUUAAUAACUGUUUGCAUCCGGUUAUAUUAGUCUGAGCGCACUUUGAUGCUUCUCUAGCUAGCUUAGCUUGCUAGUUAGCUUAGCUUGUUAGCUGCUAACAAAGAGAGGCGGAAGUGAUCAAAACACAUCGCUAAGCAGAGAUCAAGUGUGAGUGUAAAGUGUUGUGAUUGUGUGAAAAUGUGCGAAAGAACCAUAGCAGAGUACGAGGAGGAACUUUGUCCAACAAAAGAGGAGAAGGAGCGACAACAUCAAAAACAUCAAGUUGUGUUACACAGAACAGACAUCCAUCAGCUGAUUGGACACCAAGAAGAAUGUCUCCCUCAUCUGCAGGGGGACAGUUUCACUUCAGAGUAUCCACAGCCCUCACAUUUUGAAGGGGACAAGGAGGAAGAGGAGAGAGAGUGUCUUCCAGGGCAGGAGGAGGCUGAUCUCAGCAAGUUUCCACUGACUGUUGUCUCUGUGAAGACUGAAGAGCAUGAAGACAAACCACCUGAGUCCUCACAGCUUCAUCACAGUCCAAACGUCUGUGAAGAACAUCUUCUCUCUGAGCAACAGAAGUGGAGCUUCAGGAUGGACAAGGAGGAGCCACAGCCCUUCCACAUUAAGGAGGAAGAAGAGGCGCCACAUACAUUGCAAAUGCAAAGGGAAGAAAAUAACCCACUGACCUCCCAUUUUAAAGAGGAAGAGGAGGAACACAGCAUCAGUCAAGAAUGGUUGGAGGAGUUCCAUGUGAUUGUGAAGAGUGAAGAUGAUGAGGUCAAAGGUGAGAGUGAGGAGAGGGGAGGGGGGGAGCCUCCAAGCAGCAGCUCAACUCAACACAUGACAACAGAAGCUGAUGGAGACCACUGUGGAGGAUCACAAGCAGACAAGCUCUUAGCUCCACUAUCAGAUAGUGAGGACACAACGUCACACUCUCCUGACACUGAUGAUGAAGACUCUAAAGAUGAUAAGACAUGUCACACUGAUAACACACACCUGACAUGUUCUCUCUGUGACAAAACUUUUAAAUCUCCUAGUAAAUUGGAAAGACACAUGAUAACACACACUGGAGAAAAACCUUUUUCAUGUUCAAUCUGUGGUAAAGAUUUUACUCAAAGGCCAAAUAUGAAAAGACACAUGAGAAGACACAGUGGAGAAAAAAGUUUUUCAUGUUUAAUCUGCUGUAAAGAUUUUACUGAAAAGCACCAUUUGAAAAGACACAUGAGAAUACACACUGGAGAAACACCUUUUUCAUGUUCUAUCUGCGGUAAAGAUUUUACUCAGAGGCCACAUUUGAAAGUACACAUGGGAACACACACUGGAGAAAAACCUUUUUCCUGCUCACAAUGUGGUAAAAGUUUUGUCAUAAAACGAAGUUUAAAAGUACACAUGAGAACACACACUGGAGAAAAACCUUUUGUAUGUUCAGAAUGUGGUAAAAGUUAUAUAAAAAGAGACUACUUAAAUGUACACAUGAGAACGCACACUGGUGAAAAACCAUACUCCUGUUCAAGCUGCAGCAAAAGCUUUCGUCACCGAAAAUCUUGUACAAUACACGUGAGAACACACACAGGUGAGAAAGUGUUGAGUUGCAGUGUGUGUGGUGAAAGAUUCUCUUCUAAGUCCCAGUGUAAGAAACACAAGUGUGCUGGUGAGAACAGCAGCAGCAAAUGAAGAUGCAGGAUUUGAAAUAAACUGUCAAAACUUGAACUUUGACUUUCUAACAACAUCAGCACAUAUAACAUGUGUGACAUCAUUGUUGUGUGUGUAACACAAUCUUGUUAAUAUGAUUCUAACAUUUAUAGAUUAGACACUUCAGAUUAGUGCUUUUAUUUCAGUCAAGUACAUGAGUUAAUAUACACAUUUGUGUACUUUAAAAUGAACACAACAAUUUGACUGAAAAGGUGAGAAUAAACAGUACAUAAAAUAUGUUACAUACAAUAAACAUUUUAAGUGUAGUUAUUCAUAAUUCAUUUUUAUACUUAUUUAUAAUAGUUUUUUAUAUACGUUUUUUGAAAUAAUGACGUGUUACAUUUUUAUUUUCUAAUUGUAGAUGAUUCCAUAGAUGAACUCCUUUAUAUGAUGUACAUAUUUGUUUUACAUGUGUUCAUACCUUUGCUUUUGAGUACACAUAAAUCCCUCUUAGUUCAUAUUUACUGGUUCACAUCUGAAACAUCUUCUGGACCACUUCUGGAAGCAUAUUAUUAUUUACUUUAUACAUCAUUUGAGCAGUUGUCUUUAAUACAAUUUUAAAAUGUGUAACUUUAUGAAUCAUUUGUUGGGUCUCUAUAAUCUAUUCUAUGAAUUGUCUUUAUUACUCUCUUGUGUAAUAUGAAUAUUGUUGUGUGAUUGUUUUAUAUGUAUGUCCCCAGACCUUUAUGCAAUAAACAAUGUAUGCUUCAGCUAAA